GGCGGAAGCGCGCGGCGCCGGCGGCGGCCAUGAGCCGGUUCGGGGGUCGCAUGCGCGAGUACCCGGCCCUGUCCAUCGACCGCUUCGAUCACCACAACCUGCGCGCCCGCGCCUUCUUCCUGUCGCACUGCCACAAGGAUCACAUGAAGGGGCUGCGGGCGCCCGCCCUGAAGAGCAGGCUGGAGAGCAGCUUGAAAGUUAAACUAUACUGCUCACCAGUAACUAAGGAAUUGCUGUUGUCUAACUGGAAAUACAAGUUUUGGGAGAAUCAUAUUGUUGCACUGGAAGUUGAAACUCCAACUCAGAUUUCUUUAGUAGAUGAAACAUCUGGUGAGAAAGAAGAUGUAGUGGUGACACUUCUGCCAGCUGGUCACUGUCCGGGUUCAGUCAUGUUUCUGUUUGAAGGUGAGAAUGGCACUGUGCUGUACACAGGGGAUUUCAGGCUUGCAAAGGGAGAAGCAGCCAGAAUGGAGCUUUUGCAUUCAGGGACCAGAGUAAAAGACAUCCAGAGUGUGUAUUUGGACACUACUUUUUGUGAUCCCAAAUUUUAUCACAUACCAAGCCGGGAGGAAUGUUUAAAUGGGAUCUUGGAGUUAGCACGAAGCUGGACCUCACUGUCCCGCUGUCAUGUUGUGUGGCUGAACUGCAAAGCUGCUUAUGGAUAUGAAUAUUUAUUUGUAAACCUCAGUGAGGAACUCGGAAUCAAGGUGCACACGAACAAACCUGAUAUGUUCAGGAACAUGCCAGAAAUCCUGUGCCAUCUUACUACAGACCGACACACUCAGAUCCAUGCCUGUCGACAUCCUUGGGAUGAUGAUUGCUUCCGAGGGAACAGACUGCCCUGUGGGCUGACUUGCCAAAAUGGAACUCCCUUGCACAUAAUCAGCAUCAAACCCUCCACUAUAUGGUUUGGGGAAAGGAUCAAGAAAACCAAUGUAAUCGUGAGGACUGGGGAAAGAACGUACAGAGCUUGUUUCUCUUUCCACUCUUCAUACAGCGAGAUUAAGGAUUUCCUGAGCUAUAUCUGUCCUGUGAAUGUGUAUCCCAACGUACUGCCACUGGGUGGGACAGAGGACAAAGUAAUGGAAAUAUUAAAGCCAUUAUGCAGGUCAUACAGGAGAAACACGGAACCCAGGUACAAGCCCUUAGGAACACUGAAGAGAGUCCACAAGAGAGAAUUAUCUGAUACAGAUGAAGAUGAUCUCUUUGAUUCAGAAUUAACUUCUGCAAGGCCUAAGAUUCCAAAACAGCAGACAGGAGAGAGCAGGCCAUCCAGCACAGGACAGUCUGAAAAUGCUGAAGGAAAUAUUAAUGAGAGCACAGAAAGUUACAAAGCAACCACAGCUUACACCUCCCUCCAGGUAGAUUUUGUGGACUGUGAGGAAUCAAAUGAUGAUGAUGAUGAUGAUGAUGAAAAAGACGAAGAAGAAUCUGAAAAAAAUACAGUUCAACUUCUUUCCCAUGAGCUAGAUGCCACUUCCACAGCAAAUUUCAGUGGAGUAACUAGUGACCAACAGGACUCUAAUGCCGAUGUCCCUCGCUGGGAUGAAUUCUUUAUGUGUAAUAAGUUAGAGGAAAGCUCUGAAAAUGAGGACAACAUCCCAUCUUCAGCAGAUGCUGGUGGGUCCCAGUCACUCUUCAGCGAUUCGGAUGGAGUAAGUGACUCAACACACAUCUCCUCUCAAAAUUCCUCUCAGUCAACACACAUAUCAGAGCAGGGGAGCCAGGGCUGGGACAGCCAAAUGGACACAGUGCUUUUCACCUCCCAGGAGAGAAGUGCCCUGGACUUCAGCAAAGGUGGGAGCAGAGCAGUUGUUCCUGUGCUGCAGGAGACUGCCAGGGACAGUCAGCCGGAGAGUAGCAGGGGGAAGCCACCAGGGCAGAGCAGACCCUGUGUCUAUGAUGGCACCUGUGACUUGAAAAGCAAGGGCUGUGAGAAAGCUGCAGAGACUGGCACUGCUCGUGUUCAGGAUGCGCUGGUGGAACUAAGUGACAGCUCAAGGACUCCUGACCUGGAGCUGAGGAGGGACUCCCAGAGCUCCUCUGACUUCGAAAUUCCCUUGACUCCUGGUGCUGAAGUGCCUCAGCCAGAUAAACUGUACCAUUUAUACGAGAAGCUUGCAGCAGGGGAAAACAUACUCGUGAGAAAAAAGUCUCCUGAGGACAGAUAUAACUGAUUACAUUGUGAUGAUACCCAAAAUGUUUAUUAAUACCCGAAUUCUUUUUCUCUUUAAUGCCAAUUACUAUAUGCAGCUAUGCUGACUCAUGCGAUUAUUUUUUUUUUCAGAAAUAUCUUACUGUCAGAACUAGGAAUUUGUAGUCUAUGUAACUUUAUUGUUCCUUCCAUGAAAUACUGAAAAUGAAGUAUUCUAGGAGGGACUGUAAAAGCAUUCUACCUCCCGAGGUUCAUUUCUCCAGGACUGUAAGUAGACAAAAAGUGGACCAGACAAAAGUAAGCACAGGACACUAAAUGAAAUUUAGUGUUUAUCAUGAGCUCUAAGAGUUUGCCUUUGUAAUGUGAUCUCAGGUUUUAAUAAAAUACCACAGCUAACUGUGGGGAGGAACACAUAGGAAUGACCACAUAAACAAGGCAGUAUUAUCACUAUUAUCACUAUUUAAUUAGUAUUCACUGCAGUUAUUUUUAAAAACAACUGCAGAACAAAUUAGAGAAUUACUGAGAAUGUGAGGGGUUUUUAACUUGUUGUUAAAUCAAAUUGUUCAAGAAGUUUCUCUUUACACUGAGCAAGUGGUGUCAUCUGACUUUUAACUCCUGAGUGAGGUACUACACACCACUGUCUAUGCUUUAACUCCAACUCGUUGCAUACAACUUGCCAUCAGUUCCUCCAUGUUUUGGUUUGUUCUGAAUUGUUUUUCAGAAAAACUUUAAAUCUUGUGGUUCCCAAGCCACCAGCUAUGGCCUGCUCUGGCAACAGAAGGUAACCUGUUUUCCCAGACAGGUGGUUGCAUUACUUGAGGCUCCUGUACUACAAAAUUUCAUUUCCUCUGCAACAUUCUGUAGACUUCACUGAAUUCUUUUCAAAUCAAGACAAUAUAUUCUCUAUACAUGUGUGCCAUCAUAACUCUCUCUGCCAAAAUUCUUAGGUUCUACCAUGGAAAUGUAAUUCAGGUUUUAGUUAAACUGCAGUGCGUAUAAAAUAAACCACAGAAGUCAUCUGAAAAUCCCUGAGGUUUCCUAUCCAUGUGGUCUUAAAUGCCAAAGAAUUAAACAGACCUUUAACACAACAUCUCUCCCCUCCAAGUGUGCCUUGAGUCUUUGUGCCAUGUUUAGUGAUAUGUGAAUGUUAAACCAGCCAGCAUUCUGACACUGGGAACAGGGGCAGGAGGGGACAAAGCAUUGCUCUGAUCUACAUAUGAUUUUAAGGAUAUUCAAGAUUCAUGUAUUUCUUCACUGUCACCGGGUCCAGUGUUUGUGGGAUUUGUUAAUGUAAUUUCCAAAUGUGAUUUAUCAAAUUUUGGGAUUUUUUUAGCAAGCCUGAAUGGAACUGCUGUUAUAACUACUUAUGUGAAUAAAGUCAGAUAGAGCAGAACUUA